CCAUUUCAGAUUUUUUUUGUGUACUUCAUUUGUGUUAUAAAUAUACAGAAAAAAAUUUAUAUAAAAAUGCAAUCAGUCUCGCAGGUCGUUAAAACAAGUCUGCCAAAUUAUUUGUCCAGCUUGCCGGUACCCGACACUUUCGGCGGCUGGUUUAAGUUAUCAUUUAAGGAUUGGCUAGCACUCAUUCCACCCACCGCUGUUGUUGUCGGCAUCGGCUAUGUCACGUACCGUGCCUUCUAUCCCAAGGCGCACCGCACAUGCAAAUCCGGCAGCGGUCUCUGCAAUGAAAACGUACGCAAACAUGAGGCUAAAGUUGUGGACAUGAUUGACAUCGAGAAUAUUGCGGACAAGGCCGCCUUUUGCCGCUGCUGGAAGACCAAGAACUGGCCCUACUGCGAUGGCAGCCAUGCCGCUCACAACAAGGACACGGGCGACAAUGUCGGACCGAUUGUGAUCAAGAAAAAGUGACGCGUGCCUGGCUCCCGCGAUGGUCCAUCGCAUUUCUAGCAUUUCCUUGUUGAUAUUCAUGUAGAGCUGCAGCUAAUUUGCAAUCGUAAAUUGUUUAAAUUCUAACAUUUUGUUCAAUCUAUUCGUACUGUAAGCAAUAAUUGAUCGCAUUAACUCAAGAUAUGCCAAUAAGGAUUGCCUAAAUGAAUCAAAUUCACACAGAUA